AUGGACGUUAAUAAAUGGUGUUCUGUUCUUGAAAAAACAUUUUUAAAAUACGUUUGGACCGAACACGCAAAAAAAUAUACAUAUACCGAAAGGUCAGAGUUUACACCAGAACAUAUCGAAAAGGUAUUGAUUGCAUACGAGAGAGGCGACAGUCCACAUAUUAAAGAGCGCGAAGCAGAAGAAAAUAGAUUUAUACCGUCAACUAUGACAACAGUAUCAACUGAUAAUGGAAGUCAUAAAAGUCCAACGAAGUUGUCCCCAAAUGAUACAGUUUAUAGAUAUUAUGAGGAUACGGAUAUAUUAUCGGUCUAUUUCGCAAAAGCGUCUUCCGGCGUUGUAAGCUAUAGUGAUGACGUAAAUAAGGACAUCCUUGUAUCUUAUGACCAUGAUGAUAAGAUAGUAUCGGUUGAAAUAUAUAGAGCGUCAGAGCUUUUACGAUGCCAUUUUUUUGAUACCCAGGAUACUAUAAAUAACAAACCGCCUCUCUUAUUUAUUCCUGUUUGUUAUAAAGACUGUGAUGAGUUGAAAGUUUACCUUGUUGAUUCUAUUUCAUCCAUCACCUUACAGAAAACUGAAGAGGAGGAUUUGGAGGUGGGAUUAGAUAACGAAGGAAAAAUUGUUGUCUUAUUGUUUCAUAAAGCUAGUAGCAGAUUAGCAAAAACGUUAUCAGAAGAAGAGAGAAGAAAACUUGCGGAAAAAUCGAGGCUGAGAUCAUUAGAGAUCGCAAAAUGGUCUUAUUUAUUAGAUAAAUAG